AUGCCUGUCGCCGGCGCAAGGUCAAAUGCGGUGUGUCGAUCAGCCAAUGUGGCGUGUCGCUCGCUGUUGCAGCGACAGAAAAAGGGCCGCCAGGGCAAAACCGCCAACAUCCUCCAUGAAUUGAGAGCCAAGGAAACACCGAAUGAAUGCAUCCAGCCUCCAAAUAUCUCUGGAAUUUCACCAUCUAGCGACGCUCUGCAAGUUGCGAAAUCUCCAGAGGCGGCUAGCUUCCCAGGAAGAUGUCAUUUCACUAGGGCGCCGGGUCUGGUGAACCCAGAGCUCAUUCGCGCAUGCUCCGAGUACUUUUUCGCGCGGAUGCGAGGCACAGUACCCAUCCUGCAUACCGACAGCUUCAAGAAACAAGUCGAGCAGACCAAUGACUCGCUGCAUGCGUAUUGCAUAGUCGCCGCAUUCUGCGCGUUUGUCAUACGCCAAACUGGGUUCUGUGCGUCCGUGCAUGGUGACCAGCCGGUCGAAAAGCAAGCGCUGGUCGAAGAAGCAACCGAGGCUCGAAGGCAUCUUGAUCCACUCACUGGUUCCAGCCCAUGCGAUCCGACGUCACAGACCGAUUACACUACAAAUCACACCCGAAAGCCCCCCAUUAGACGAUGGUCUCUCUACCGAUGCAGCUACCCUCGGAUUUCGCUGUCUGGUCGACCUCUACCGCCCCUUCGACGAGACCUUCCUAAGUCAAUGGAACGGAACCAUGCCUCGUGCUCAAUGGAGGCACUGGUCCAGCUCGAGCAACGUAUCCAAGCCGCCGUCCCACCAGAUCUUGACCUUCCCGAUGUACUCAUGGCCGAUCUGCGCGUGUCCCAGCAAUGGCUCCGCAUCAUGAUCUGGCAGCUCUCUACAACCGCGGGGUUCCUCUCAACUAAACCCACCCACGGAUGCAUGGACUUUCGCUAUCCGCUCCUGAUUACACAGGAUCUCUGCCUCGCGACGUGGAAGCUAUCCCGACAAAGUAUGGAAACACAUGGGAUCGGCCUUGUAUGCAUUUCUUUUCCUAGUCUGCUGGAAAAUGCACCCUCGCUAACAAAAACUCAGAUUGAAAAGAUCUUCGAGGUUACCUGUACAUUGAUUGAUGUAAUGGCUUGUCUAUCUGCAGCGGGACUCCGGUCCUCGGGCUCUAAGCUUGGCCCCCAAGACUACCUGAAGCAUUUCUUCACCCUCAUCCACGACCUACCGGGUGGACGGCCGCGGUUCCUGCCGCUGUUAUUGACAAAAAUGAGCCAGACCCUUCCUUCGAUGAUGGAGUCCAUUACGGUACAUCUCAAUCUGCAGCCCGGGCCCCUUGUUCCGGAUUCUAGAAGGAUGGAUUCAUCUACCUCGAUGAUGGCCGGCCCUGGAUGUACUACUGAACCAGAUCAGGCAAACAUGAGUCCUGGAAUUAGGCCAGAUGACAGCGCAUUGGGUAAUUUCAACUAUGCAGAAAUGAGUCGUAUUGGCGAUAAGACGCCCGAGAUCGACGAGGUGUUCCUUCAGUACUCCAGCUAUUUCUCCUGA